AUGGCACAACAGCAUGAACCUCAGGAGCUCCCUAAUGAGAAGAUAAAGCCAUUGGAUGUCAAGUAUAUAGGUACAAUUGAUAAAACAGAGGUUGAUUCUAUUGAAGUAUCGCAAUAUGACUUCGAUUCGGCCGAGUUUAAGAAUAUUCCUGAGUUGGUGCGGACUGUCGUUGACUUUGAAGAUGACCCAUCACUUCCAGUCUUGACUUUCCGCUCAAUAAUUCUAUCAGCAUUAUUCUUUUUCUUUGUAAUUCUGGCAUCUGACCCUCUUGGUCGUUUCCUUGCACGAGUUUUACCUGACUAUAGGGUACCACUGGGAAGAUUUUCAUUUUCCUUGAAUCCGGGCCCUUGGUCGGCCAAGGAGCAUGCAAUUAUUGGUAUUGCCGCCAAUGCUGGAAGUCAAGGUCAAUGGGCAACUUAUCUUCCCACGAACGCUGCUCUAUACUACAAUAUCACUAUAAACCCUGCAGUCGCCUUAUUUUUCGGAUGGGGCUGUUCCUUGCUUGGUUAUUCAUUUGCUGCAAUGGCUCGCAAAAUUCUCAUAGAUGACCCCGAAUUCAUAUUUCCCCUGUCCUUACAACAGGUAACGCUCUACCGAAGUAUAGAUGCCAACAACAGGUCAAACCAUAAAAGAGCGAGGGAACAGGUGAAGGUGUUUUGGAUAAUACUCGUGGCUACGUUUGUUUGGCAGUUCUUACCCGAAUACCUCUUUCCAUUUGUGGCAUCUCUGGCUCCACUGUGCUGGUUUGCUAGUCGCAGCCAUACUGUCAAUUUUAUCGGAGCCGGUCAUGGUGGCAUGGGAUUGCUGAACAUAACACUCGAUUGGUCCAACAUCACGUCGCAUGUUAUCACAUAUCCAUACAGUGUACAAGUGAUAAUUUUCUUGGCGUUUGUCUUGACGUGUUGGAUCCUAAUUCCUAUUGCGUAUUUCGGCCACCUUUGGGGGUCACCGACUUACAAUAUCAUGUCGAACGGUGUAUUCCUAAAGAACGGGUCAACUUAUCCGUUCACUGAUCUAAUCUACCUUGAUUCCAGUGGUAUGCAACACAUUAACGAGACAAAAUACGAAGAAUUCGGCCUUGCCUACUCCGGAGCCCAGUAUACAUGGCAGCUGUUCAUGUGGGUAGCCUCGUACAUGUCCUCUUACAUGUGGUGCGGCUUGUUUUUUGGCCCGAAAAUCUACAGCAUAUUUAAAGCCAGAAAGCAAUCGGGAGAUUAUUAUCAAGACAGAUUGAGUCGAAUCAUCCAACAAUACCCCGGUAUCAAAAGAUGGGAGUGGGUUGCAAUUACUCUGGUACCGUUUCUAAUGCUUCUUGGUGUUGUUGUUUCCAAGGCAAUUUAUAUGCCUAUCUGGACGUAUUUUGUAGCAUUGCUUUUUGGAGCAGCAGCAAUGCUACCAAUGAGCUUUGUGUAUGCCAUAUCAGGCUUUUCCAUCAAGGUCGGCUUCUUCAACGAGCUUGUUUAUGGAUACAUGAUUGAGGCAAAGGGAUCAUCACGACAUCCUUUGGGUCAGCUUGCAUAUCGAAUUAUCUCCGGAAAUGUGUGGUACGAUGCUCGUACAGUUUUAGAAGAUCAAAAGGUUGGCCAUUACCUUCACCUACCUCCCCGACAAGUCAUCGGAAUCCAAAUCAUAGCCAACAUGUUUGCGCUGCCCAUAAACUACGGCGUUAUGCGCUGGGUCAUCGAUACCAAGUUUGACUACGUUAGCGGCAAGAAGACAGACCCCCUCGGCCAGUGGACCGGUCAAGAUUUCAAAUCGUACAACACAGCCGGCAUUCAGUUUGCUCUCGUUGGCCCGAAGAAACUCUUCGCAUCGGACUUCUUCAAGCCUGUUCUUUGGGGCUUCCUUGCAGGUGCACUUGCCCCUUGUGCAAUGUGGUUGCUGCACAAGAAAUUCCCUCGCGCUCGUUUUGAUCUGUGGAAUACGACUAUAUUCUUUGCAUCAGCUGGAGUUUUCUACGGCAACCUUAGCACUGGGCCUUUUACGACAUUCCUCGUCGGUACCUUCACCAACUUCUUUCUCUUUCGGUACAGGAAAGUAUUCUGGAAUAAAUGGGCUUAUAUCAGUGGUGCAGCAUUGGAUACUGGAUUCAACGCAAAUCUGCUGUUUAUCUUUAUCUUCCUUGGGACAACUGGAACGAAGAUGGUUCAUUGGUGGGGCAACAACGCUGACAGCACUGAAAGAUGUUUUGCAUUAUAG